AUGAAAUUCUUCAAGGCGCAAGCUGGUGUGCCAUCUGGCAUAUUCUUGCUCUCUCUGGCACCAGUUGUCAUUGCCGACUGCGCUCUUCCGUCAACCUAUAGCUGGACAUCAACUGGCUCUCUGGCAGAUCCAAAGUCUGGAUGGACGGCGCUCAAGGAUUUUACCAAUGUGGUCUCCAACAACAAACAUAUCGUCUAUGCAUCAACCACUGACGCCAGUGGAAACUACGGCUCGAUGAAUUUUGCCUCCUUUUCAGACUGGUCUGACAUGGCAUCUGCAAGUCAAGCCGCGACGAGCUUUACGGCAGUUGCGCCCACUUUGCUCUACUUCCAGCCAAAGAGCAUCUGGGUGCUGGCCUACCAAUGGGGCUCGAGUACGUUUACCUACCGAACGUCAAGCGAUCCUACCAAUGCCAAUGGAUGGUCAUCCGAGAAAGCUCUUUUCUCUGGAAAGAUCACCGGCUCGGACACUGGCGCCAUUGAUCAGACCCUUAUCGGUGACGCCACGAAUAUGUAUCUUUUCUUUGCGGGAGAUAACGGCAAGAUCUAUCGGUCGAGCAUGCCAAUCGCCAACUUCCCUGGAGACUUCGGAACGGCGUCAGAAGUCGUUCUUAGUGACAGCCGGAACAAUCUCUUCGAAGCAGUCCAAGUUUACACCGUCGAAGGGCAAAACCAGUAUCUGAUGAUCGUCGAGGCAAUUGGAACAAACGGCCGUUAUUUCCGUUCAUUCACCGCCAGCAGUCUCGACGGUUCGUGGACAGAGCAGGCAGCCAGCGAGAACAAUCCCUUCGCUGGAAAGGCCAACAGCGGUGCGACCUGGACCAACGACAUCAGUCACGGCGAUUUGGUUCGCAAUAACCCUGACCAAACAAUGACUAUCGACCCAUGCAACCUGCAAUUCCUCUACCAGGGGCGCGAUGCGAGUGCCGGUGGUAACUACAAUACCCUGCCGUGGAGGCCAGGUGUACUGACUCUGAAGCACUAA